AUAUCAUCUGAUUAUUUCAUUGGCGACUACAUCUACAUUUAUCGCGUUUGCUGUAUGUUCCGUAUAAGUUUCCGUAACGUGUGGUACAAUACUUUAAAACAAACGAGAUUUUUAAAUGUCUGGAACUGACAUUUACUGAAUCUGGAAAACGAGCUGAACGUUUCUGAACGCAGAAACUUUUCUAAUUUUUUCACGAACGUUUUAAUGAAAUGAUCACGGAUGUUGUCGUUUUAAGCGAUUCGAACGAAUCUUCAAACGAAUGCGUUCAACUAAAUUCGAAUAAUAAAGCUUUACCUGGUGAUUCAAGCGAUUUUGAAUUUCCUGAAGUUAAUUUUUAUCACAUUAUUAAUGAAGACGAUGUAGGUAAAUCACAAGAUGCCGAUGUUGCAAGUUGUUCCUCUAAUUUUAACAACAAUGCACCAUCACAUCAGUCCAAUAAUGAUAAACAUACUACCAGCAACAAACAUUUCAAACAGCAUAAGGUUAAAAAGCUUUUGUAUGAUACUUCUGAUUCAUCUAGCUCAGAUGAAGAGAAUAGAAAUAAAAAGAGACAAAGGAAGGUUAAAAAUACUAUAGGAAAAAAAAGUAGGAUUCAAAUAAAUGAAGAAAAAUUAAAGAAACAGGAGCAGUUAACGAGAGAGAAAGCACUAAAAGCAAUUGCAGCAAAAAAAUUAAAAAAUAUAAAACCUGAUGAAUGUAUGAAAUUUAUAGAAAUUACUGUUGAUAAAGCCAUUGCGAAUUUUAUUUCUGUUACAGAUGUAACAAAUACAUUGAGAGAUGCUGGAGUGAAAUGUACCGUUAAAACGAAAUUUAUUUCAAAUAGCAUUACGUGGAAAAGAAAUAUAGAAAAUAGCUAUGUUAAUGAUGACAAUGAAAUAUGUACAGUAACAGAUGUUGAAAAAGUUAGUCAAAUAUUGGUAAUCUGGAAUUGGGACGAGGUAGCAACAAAAGUAACAAAUGGUGACUUUUAUAUGUCUGUCUCUAGCAUUAAAUGCUCAUUACCAGAUUACAAAAUAACAUUAGUAGUUUAUGGUAUAGAAGAUUAUUUUGCCUAUAGAGAACAAGAAAAAAAUUCAGAUAAAAGUGGAACAAAAAAGAAAACACAAAAAACUUGUACAGAAAAGUAUCUUCAAUUAUCUAAACAUUCCUGUAACAUAUCAAGAAAACAACUUGAGACAUAUCUCAACGAAAUACAAAUUAUUGCAGAUUGUAGUAGUAGAUUAAUUAAUAAUUCUCAAGAUCUAGCAUUGAUGAUAUAUCAAUAUACAAAAGCUAUAGCAGAAAUACCAUAUAAAUUAGAAAAAAAUAAAAAUUUAAUAAAUAAAUUUGACUGGUAUGUAAUGGGAGAUAAUAGAAAUACUGUAAAAGUAGAUAAAAGUGGAAAUGGACUGAAAAGAUUAUGGCAGCAACAGCUUUGUCAAUUUAAUUUGAGCAGUCUUGAAAUUGCAGAAGCAAUUUGUUCUAUGUAUCCAAGUCCUGCACAUUUAAUAGAAGCUUAUAUGAACUGUACAGAUGAUGAAGGAAUAAAUUUGUUGAAAGAUAUCCCGAUUAGAAGAGCAGCUGGACCACUUACAACUGUACGUAAAAUUGGCCCAGAAUUAAGUAAAAAAAUCUACUUAAUGUUCACAUCUAAAAAUGGUGAAAUUGUAUUAAGUUGAAUAUAUUUUUAACAAAGUUCAAUAAACGUACAAAUAGAAAUAUUAUA